GUCAUAAACUGGGAAAAUAGUGUUGCCUGUGCGGAAACGCAGCGUUCCACGGGCGGGAGUUUAAGAGGAAGAAGCGAUCGGAGCAAAGCCAUUGUGUCGAACCGAGACGAUGUGGACGCGUGUGCUCAUUCUUUGUCUUCUUGCUGUCGCUGCUCAGGGAUUUGUAUACAAACGACAACCGAUUAACCAACCAGCGCAGGAAUACCGUGCUCGCUAUCAACAGAGCCAAAAUGUUGGCUAUCCUAUCAGAGAACGUCAAGCUGUGCUGGAUGAGUUUCACGACAAGAUCAAUGGAUUGAAGGAAGGAUGCUUCCCUCGACCAAAGGGAUGUCUCUGCGUAAUUGGAAAAACUGCCGAAGGACGAGACAUCACAGAGCGUCGUAUGAGGGACGCUGACUGCCGUAGUCAAUAUUGGACAAGGUUUUGACAAAAAUGAAUAAAAACUUUCUUAUUUCAUAGGCAGUGAUCAGACACAACUUGUUCAGAACAAAC